UGCGCACUUUGUGCUUCAUCUGUCCGUCAUACAGAUCGCACGACCGGUCCAUUCGCUCUCUCUUUCUCUCCCUCUCUCUCUCUCUCUUGCUCUCUUUCUGCUUUCCCACCGCUACGCACGUCGUAACUCUAUCACGGUAUCGGGUUGUACCGCUGGUUUCCUCCGCAUCUUGGACGUUUGGAACUUUUCGAUAAGUUGGACUCUACUCUCACGCGGAAGCGCACAGGGUCCGAAGAUGUCACUGUCGGAGUUUCGCAAGAAAAAAUUACUCUUCGUUUUCAACGCUUUCUUCGAUGUUAAUCAAAGCGGCACCAUCGACAAGAAGGAUUUCGAUCUUGCUGUGCAACGAAUCUGCAACUCCAGACAUUGGAAGCCGGACGAUUCUACGUCGCAACACACUAGAGACACUCUGAUUAAAGUCUGGGAUGGACUGAGACAACGAGCUGACGCCGAUCAGGAUGGACAGAUUAGCCGAGACGAGUGGUACUCGAUGUGGGAAGAGUAUGCGAAAGAUCCGGCGCACGCACUCGAAUGGCAACAGACAUAUAUGAACUUCAUGUUCGAUCUCGAAGAUUCUUCCGGUGACGGGUCGAUUGACGAGACUGAAUUCAGCAAGGUGUGCGGCAGUCACGGUGUCGAAGAGGCCGAGGCACGCGAGGCAUUCAAGAAAUUGGACGUGGGCAACGAAGUGACUCGCGAGAAAUUCGCCGACCUGUGGAAGCAAUAUUUCUGCUCCGACGACCCGAAUGUACCUGGCAACUUUAUAUUCGGGAAGACUUCUUUUUAACUCCGCCAUCCCAUGAGAUUGAAAAGACGCGCGUAUAUUUUCGUCGUUAUACGACAGAUUGUUAUUUUAUGUAACCGUAUGUAACACUCGUGCACUAAAGAGAUUGCUCUGUUAAUCUCUGUCUAUCUAGACUCUAAAAACUCUAUUUCGUUUACCGCUCGCCCAUCUCGUGUCAAUUUAAUUGAAUGUAACUGUGAACAAAAGAAUCGAAGAAAGAACUUUAUAUCAAUA